AAAAAAACUAUGAAUUUGUUCAGGAAAUGGAAAUUUGUUCAGGAAGUGGACAGGUAUCGCACUGACUUGGAAAGGUUGCAAACGUUACAUACGAAUGCUUCUGAAGCAGCGUCGGAGUCGGACACUCAAAAACGGCAGCUGAGAGAUGAUUUGAAAGAGGCAAAGAAUCGAGAGCAGAGAUUACUCAGUGAUUAUUCGGAGCUGGAAGAGGAGAAUAUCGGCCUCCAAAAACAGGCUUGCUUUCCAGUUUCAAAUUUACGUAGUGCACAAGUGGAAUUUGAAGCUGUGAAAAUGGAAGUGAAGCGUUUGAUGGACGAGAAUGAUCAGCUGCAAGCGGACAGGGAAGAAGCGAAUAAAUUGACUAUUGUGGCCCAAAAACACCUAGAAGAUGCUCUUUUGAAUAUGCAGCAAGAACGCGACCAGAAGCUCGCUUACAAAAAGGAGCUCGAGUUGAUGCGCAAUGCGGAGCAUCUGCAGCAACUCAACACAAUGCUCUUCGGACUGCAGAGCAAUAACGAGGAUGAUUCACAAGCUCUGAAAGAGUUGGAAUCAUCAUUUAUUGCGGAAUCAAAUGAUUUCGGUAAAGGAAGGCCAUCGAAAGGUGUGGAUUUGUUCUCGGAAAUACACGGUGAUAUGCCGGAGCGCCUGGCCGAGCUGGAAACCAAAAACGACAAACUUGCACUAAAGUUAAAGGAAACUGAGAAAGACAUCAGUUAUGUAAUACCCGUCCUAAAGAAGCUUGAAGUGAUGAGCACACCAGAGUUGGAUCAUACUCAGUUGAAACAGUUGAGCGACGAUGCUCUAAAAAAGAUUGAGCAACUGAUCGAAAGUACAUCAAAAGCCGGAAUUGGCGGCAAACAGUAUGAUCUUGUUAAGACGGAUUUGCGGACAGCAAUCAUGAUCGCUGGUGAAAAUCAAGCAAAACUGGCCUCUGCACAGGAUUUAAUGAUUGCUGUUGCUGAUUUUCUGUAUCGUUUGUAUCAUCAGUUAGUUUCAACACAUGGACUGGAAACUGACAAAAACGCUGCGGAAGCAAUGAAAAAACUGAGACAGUAUGCGAAAGAAAAUGCUGAGAACGAAGAGUACGUGCAAGGUAAUGAAUUAUUUUCGUUUCAUUUGGUUGUUCGAUUUUCAGAUGAAGGAGUUGAGAGUGGAACAGACACAGAAGGUGGCCGUUCUCCUCGACUGAUGCUGAAUCUACAGCGUCAAAUAAUAUCGCCUUCAUUUGUCAAAGUUCUGAAUGAGCAGCUGCUGAGCGAUCAGCUGGACAAUGUAUUGACGGAAAGCGAUUUCAGAGAACGCAUUGUGCCCGGUAAUAUUUGGCUUUUGCUUCAAAUUCGGUGUUUAAUAGUUUCAGUGAUAGCUGACUUGGUUUGUAAAUCUGAGUAGUU